AAAUCCGUACUCGUUGUGAAAGUGAUACAGAAGAACCCAUCGCCCUCUUAGGCCAGACGCCAGUUUUUAAUGUCAAAACUGGCGUUAUCUAUAAGAAUAAUUUCUGCGCUAUCUGUAACAGUGACGUAGAUGAUAUAAUAAAGUGGAGACUUUAUCUAGAUUGUCCAUACAUUGUAAAAGACUACAUAAAGGACUUUAAGGUGAAAGACAUUCUCAAAACCAUGACAUAUAAUAAUCUUACCCAUAGCUGGGGAUUUUGGAUUGAACAGAAUCCCCAAGGGCGAACUUUUCAAAACUUGUGUAUUUUACCCAAAUUUUCCUGACCCCAUACCAAUGAAUUACAGGUUCUGCCGAGAAGACUUGAUCUCCGAAUGUCUUCCUAGUUGGCCAGAUGAGGAAAUGAUGACCAAGUGUGCCGCUUACAUGGGAGCUAUAUACACCCGAUAUAAUGGUUACCGCAAUGUCCACUGUGCGUUGUGCAACAAUGUAAGUGCCAGCAGUUUAAGGUGUAGUCCAUCCUCUAAACGAGAGUUUGAAGUGGAAAUAUUCAAUCCCAACGCCUUCUCCUUACUCUUUGAUAUAAACACCAAAAUGGGUGAGUACGUUGGUGAAGACGUUGUGUGCGAAGACGAAGAACGCUAUGACUUUCUUCUCAAACGUUGUGUAAACACUGUGUGCGGCCUACCUGGCUACAAGUAUGUAUCUGGCGAGUGUAUUCAGCUAUCAACAACAGUUCUUCCUGAUCCCUCCACCAGGGGCCAAAUAGACGUUUCCAGCAAACCCACACACUCCUUAGUUAAUGAAACAAAAAUAGACCAGUCCUCUGAGACAAACAAUACUUUGAAAGAAUGGGUGAAUGAUACAGAUGGAAGUUUGACUCGGGUCUUUCAAAAUAAAACUUCUAAUGAAACAUCUAAAUAUGCUCAAGAUUUUAUACACUGUUUGAAAGUUGUGCUUUAUAAAAAUGAAUACACUGUUUUGAAAAAUGGUGAUGUUUUUGUUGAAAAAUACGAAGAAAGUUAUAACCAAUCAUACUAUCUGAUGAAAGGAAAUAACGUACUGAUUUGUAAAAACGAAAAAAGUUCGAUAUCAAACAGCAAAGAAACGUUUUCGGUUUAUCUGGGAUACAUAAGCAACAUUGGUUUAGGAAUAUCGUUGAUUUGCCUAGUUCUUCACUUCGUUAUUUUUAUAUUAGUUCCAGAUCUCCAUAGUAUCUGUGGAAGAAACUUAGCAUCAUUAGCUGUGGCGUUGAUUAUUUCUUAUUCUUGUUUUAUUGCAGGGCAGUUUAACAUUCUCUCUCGUGCUGUCUGUACCAUCAUAGCAAUAGUGAUGUAUUAUUCCUUCUUGGCUUCGUUUUUUUGGAUGAAUAUUUUGGCCUUUGAUGUCUGGAGAACACUGCGCAUGGCCACAAAAGACCUUCGUGUGUCCAGUGGCAAACAAUGGCGUCGUUUCGUGUCCUACUCAUUUUACUGCUGGAUUGCUCCCAUUAUUAUUGUUGUUUUAUCUGUUGUAUUUGAAAGUCUCGAUGGUAUUCCCAUUGAAUACAGACCUGCAUUUGGCACGAGUCUCUGCUGGUUUAACCACAGGAGGGCGCUACUGGUUUUCUUUGCUACACCUGUUGCACUAAUUAUGCUGAUUAACAUCGUUUUUUUUAUUUUAAGUGCAGGAAUUAUUUUAGCUUCCACUAAUAAUACAGCUAAAUAUCAAGCCUCUUGUACGUCUCCGAAGAGAAAUUUUCGACUAUACACAAAGCUGUACAUUUUGAUGGGUUUAUCGUGGAUCUUUGGACUCGUUGCGGGAUAUUCUGGAUUGGAGAGCUUGUGGUACGUCUUUGUAGUUUUUAAUACACUUCAAGGAAUGUUCAUAUUUUUUGCCUUCUCAUGUACCAAAAAAGUAAGAAUGUACUUUGCCGACAAGAUGUCCAGUUUGACUAAGCCAUUUGCUUAUCGGACCACCAGUCUAAACUCUGGUUCUGGUUCUGGCUUCCAGUCACAGUGUACUCUUAACUCUCAGUUGGCACACCGAACUUCUUCACUAAACCACAUAAGCCUAAACCAUAGCAGCGUCCAUUAAUCGUUACAGUGUUCAUCUUAUGUUCCCUGAAGAGGUCGUUUCUGAUAAACCGACGGCUAUAAAAAAUGAUGAAAUGACUGCUAUUUGCAAAUAUAAUCAUCUGACAAUAUUAUUUUGUCACGUGCCAAAAUGCAACGCGAUUUGUAUAAAUUAACAUCUAUUAUCCCAAAGUUAUUUUUUCCCUUAUAAUUGUUUAAGUUGUAUGUAGAAUUAUGUAAAAAUACUUUUAUUUGAGAGCUUUCGGCUCUCUUAUCGGAGCCUUAUGAGCCUUAAGUUGUGUCAACAUGCAUUUCAGAAUUAUAUAUGUUAUACCCUUUUGCACUGGGUAUGUAAUAAAGUUACAUAGGCUUUCUUCACAUAGUUUUUAUUAGUGUUGUGAUAUAUAAAUACAGGUGAAGCAUCUUAUAUAAGAAGUGCAAAGUCAUGGUUGUAUAGUAUUAUUGCCGCGUUUUAAAUAAAGUAUACCUUAUGCAGACAAAUUCA